GACCCGGUAUAUCAGCACAGAGCUGGGCAUGCGGCAACGUCUCUUUGUCGGGGUACUGACUUCGAAGAACACGUUGAACUCCCUGGCUGUGGCGGUUAAUCGCACCUUGGGCCACCGACUGGAACGUCUGGUCUACUUCACUGGCACACGAGGGCGUAAAGUACCACAUGGCAUGAUGGUGGUGACGCAUGGUGAUGAGAGGCCUAUCUGGAACAUGUACCAGACCGUCAAAUACGUGCUAGACCAUUAUGUGUCAGACUUUGAUUGGAUUUUCCUAGUGCAGGAUGACACCUACACAGAAGCCCAUCGUGUGAACCGCUUGGCCUCUCAUCUCAGCAUUGACACCCUCCUCUACAUGGGCCGACCAGAAGAGUUCAUUGGUGGGGAUACGCCAGGACGCUACUGUUAUGGCGGCUUUGGCUACCUGCUUUCCCGAGCCCUGCUUCUGCGCUUGCAGCCUCAUUUGGAAAGCUGCCGGAAUGACAUCCUGAGUGCUCGCCCUGAUGAGUGGCUGGGGCGCUGCAUCAUUGACUACACAGGAGUGGACUGUGUAGCAGAGCAUGAGGGCCUACGUUAUCAGUACUUUGAGCUUGGAAAGAACACAGAUCCCGAGAGAGAGAAUGAUCCACGAUUCAAUUCUGCAUUCACUGUUCAUCCUGUGUUGGACCCUGUCCAAAUGUAUCGGUUACACAGACAUUUUGCCCGUGUAGAGUUGGAGCACACAUAUCAGGAGAUUCAGCAGCUCCAAGUAAGAAGGGAGUGUCUACUGUAUAUGCUCAUGUAUAAGUCUAGAAAUUUUUGUCAAAAAAUUGACCCCAAAAAGCUGGCUCAAUUUAUCCAUGGGUCAAUGUAAGUAGUGUAUUUUAACUCUUCUCCUUCUCAGUAGAAUGGCAAAAAAUAAGAGCUUAGUUCAUCCUGGAAGCACCCAAAAAAAGCACCAGUCCCUUCUGCUCUUUCCACCAUGAUGCUGCUCCUGGCCUUUUUGAAUGCUUUGGUGGGAAAAUGGCAGUGGUGUCACCUCUUUGGUGCUUCCCCUUAAAAGUGCCAAGAGGAAUUGAGCUUAGAAGGCUCUGAAUAAGACAUUUCUGUAUGAAGACAGUAAACUUCGUCCUUUACAUCCUUUGUUGCGUUGCCCUAAAUUUUAUCCUCAACUUAUCCACGAGUCAUAUCAAAAUCUAUAAUUUUGGCCCCAAAACUUGCCCUCGACUUAUACAUGAGGUCGACUUAUAUUUGAGUAUAUACGGUAUAUCUCGAUCUGCAAAAAUCUUGUAAGUCUUCACUGGUCUUACUGUCAUGAUUCAUUAAUUUAUCAGAAAGUCGGUCAGGCUGGGUAGGCUAGAACUAUAGAGUUCAUUCCUCCUCUACCUAUCCAUGCCCUGUGACCUUUGGCUGGGCCUGUCCUCUGUUUGCUUUGGCCUGGACAGAUUGCUCCCAGUGAAAUGUGGCCUCCAAGGGAAAAUGUUUCCCAUCUGUGCUCAAGGUUAUUAGAAACAUUUCUGUCUAGGAUUGACAAUACAGUAUUAUCACUUCUUUCUCUUUUGAAAUCAAAGUUUGGGAACUGUGGCCCUCCAGAAGUUAGACUGCAGUUCCCAUUAUCUAAUCAUUGUUCUUCCUGGCUGGGAGUGAUGGGUGUUAGACUCAAUAGCACCUGGAGCAUCACAGGUUUUUCAGCCCUAUUCUAGAUAGGAAUACAAAGCAUAAUUACAGUUUCUGUUUCUAACUGCCUUGCUUAUUUAUCUUUCCACUCUACAGACAUACUCUCCCCCCGCCCCCCUCUCUCUUUUGUAGUUAAACGGGGGAAGGAAGAGAAGAUUUGGGCUUCUAUUGUGCCAUAUUCAUAGUCUCUGGGGGCAAGUCUGCAUAUUUGGCUAUCAACACAGAAAUUUAAGCCUUCAUUGUUGCUCUUCAACUAUAAAUUUGCUGUGGAGGGAGUUGGAUAUGAAGGAAAGGAUGGCCAAGGCAAACUGAAGAAACUCUGAAGGAAACCUAUGAUGGGGUUGCUAUAAGUCAGAGUGACUUGGAGGCACACAUCAAAAACAUGAAGGAGGAGAAGGGAGUGUCCUUGCUUGUUGAUAUACUCUCCCCUUUUCCCCACUCACUACUUCCCAUCUUAAAAAAAAACAGUUGCAAUUUCCAGCCACAUUUGUUGCAUCAAAUGGGAUGGCCAUAUGUAAGGCAGUGGACAUAUGUAAGGGGAAGAGAACAGAGAGAAGAGAAGGAUGAAUUGCUUUCAUAUGCAGAAAUCUACACAGAAGGAUUGCACACCACUUUUUUUUUCUGUGGAGAAGUGAGGUUCCUAGUGCCUUGUUUGCUACUGAUUAUUUAUACCUGGAAACAACCCUAAGUAGGAAAGACACAAUAAAGGAGGCAGCUGGGUCCUACUGCAAGGAUUUUGCCACUGAAGCUGCCAGGCGAGUACAGCCUGACUGCAGCCCGGGUCCAAAUGGUGGCCAUUUUUCCAAGUCGGAAAGCUCCAGGCUGUACUUGCCCGGUAGCUUCAAUAGCAAAAUCCUUGUGGUAGGACCUGGCUGCCUCCUGAUUUAGGCUUGAAUUUGGAUGAGGUAAACCAGGUUAUUUAAGUGGAUUGAUAAACUCCUAAAUAUCACUUUUAAAUUGGGAUACUAAAAAAAAGAGAGUGUAAUAGGUGAAAUUUAGAACAUUUAGUUAAAACCACCCACCCCGAAACCUUCCUAACUCUUGAUAAUUUCAAAUGGAACCUUAUUGUGCAUUGUUGCAAUAGUUUCCUUAAAUGGAAUUUUUAACCAAACUCUUGCAUAUGUACAUGCUGGUAGAACAGGAAAAGAAGUGAGAAGUGAAGGCUUGCUUUUGUUAAAAUGCAAGAUGAAUCCAGACAGCUGUCUGGCUCUUAAUCUCAUUGCCAGGCCUGGAAUUGGCUGCCAUCAGGAUGGACUUUGACUCAUAGUCUGCAGCCCUACAUACUAUGAGUGUAGAAUUCGCUGACAUUCUUGAUUUCUUCAGACUCUACUACUAACCUUUUGGCUUAUGAAAUAGAAAUAGUACCACAUUAAGACACGUAAAAACAUGCUUGAAAAAUAGUAUCAAAGGGAAUUAAAGUGCAUACCAAUGCUUAGAACUCUCAUUUCAUUACAUUGAUUAGUAUUACACAUUGGCUUUUAAUUUCCUUCAUACUGUGGUAAAUUAAUAUUUGAAUAUUGUCUUGGAUUAUAAUGUGUUUUUAAGUGAUUUUAUUAUGUAGAGGCCUGCUAGCUGGUACAUCGGGUGCUCCAUAUGAAAAUAAUACAUAAUCAAGCUUUUAAUGGAAAAUGAAAACCUAUUCUGAGAUACCUUUUUAUUUUUAAUUUUUCUAAGAAAUGGGAGGAAAGAACAUGUAAAGUCAAGAAUGAGGUUUUGAAUCCCUAAAAGUGCAUCCUGGGAGCUCAAAAUCCCAUAUGUAUUUCAACUAUUUUCUGAAUGGUGAAGAGACUGGAGGCUUUUUUGAAGGGCUUUCCAGGGGGGAAGCAAAGUCCUGUGUGCUCAGCUGACCCCCAACAUAAGGUGCGAUUUUAGCACAGCAGGUGGCGUCUGAGUACAGAUAAACAUCAUAGUGAGAUUAAUCAGGGUAAUUAUAAUUUGUCUAGGCUAACCAUAUUUAAUCCAUUGCAGUAUGCUAUAAAUUAAUGAAAAUGUCUUCUUUAAUAAUAACUGUGUUUGUCUGGGAACUAAAACAAAUUAGAGAACAUUGACAUUUCCCCGCUAGGCUGUGAAAAAAUGCUUUUAAAAGAGUAAAUGUUGAUAAAAGCUGCAGUUGGCAAAUCCACCCCCUACUAGUAAAUGACGUGGCCGGUCUGUUCCUGAUUGUUACAGAAUUAAUUCAAGGGGAGUUACCACUUUCUUCCUACCUUAGUCUAAAAUCUGCUUGUUAAAGACUGGGGAGAAAAGAGGGAGCCUUCAACCAAAUGAGCUUGGGAGCCUUAGAAUAAGUGGAAACCAUGCUGUUUAGGGGAGGCAACAUGUCUAAAUCUACCCACCUUCCAAGUAUUAAGUAGUAUAAUAACCCAAGCAAGUCCAUUGGCAAAGCCCUUCAAGGGCAAAGCCAAAGGUCAGAUUUCUUAAGCAAGAUUCAUAA